UCCAGUUCCUCAGUCUAUUGCCGGCAGUCAAAGCAAACGGAUCGUGUCGGUCAGUGGAACGUGCUAUAGUUUACAAGUGUCAUGGAUGCCACGUGUCUUGAUUAACAAUUAAUAAUACUCAGACAAAAAUAAGACGAGAUCAGAAGUGCGCUUUUUAUUACAACAGACAACUAUUCUCUAUUUUGUUAUAAAAUAAUCACUUGGAAACACACUUAAAAUGUCGAAUAGCGUUCCCGAAUUGUUGAAUCCCAACUUGAAGGCCAUGCCCUCGGACUAUUUGUACCACCUGGACAUAAAUGUUGCCAACACAAAUGACACCAGUGACAUCCAGCAGAGAUUCGGGGAUGUCAAGGUGGUCUGCAUGGGUGGAACUGGUUCCCGCAUGCGGGCUCUAGCUGUUUAUCUGUCGGAGGUUCUGGGACUGCCAGACUCUAGCGAUCCAGAGGAUCUUUGUGCACGGGGACACCGCUAUGCCAUGUACAAGGUGGGACCGGUGCUGUGCUGCAGCCAUGGCGUGGGCUCCUCUACGUUUAGCGUGGUUCUACACGAACUGCUCAAGCUGGUCAAGUACGCCGGCUGCCAGGAUCCCAUCUUCCUGAGAAUCGGUACGUGCGGUGGCCUCGGAGUGCCACCUGGCACAGUGGUGGUCACCAAGGAUGCGUUCAAUGGGCUGUUGCGCAAUGAACAUGAAAUUGCAAUUCUCGGUCAGCGUGUGGUGCGACCUGCUAAGUUCUCCGAGGAGGUGAUCAAGGACAUCAUGGCAUAUGGUGUCGAGGCUAAGGACAGUUUUCAAACCGUAAGUGGCAACACGAUGGGCACAGACUGCUUCUACGAGGGUCAGGGACGUACCGAUGGCGCCAUAUGCGAGUACUCCGACGAAGAUAAGAUGACUUUCUUGAAGAAGUGCCAUAGCCUGGGGAUUCUCAACAUCGAGAUGGAGGCCAGCAUGUUUGCCUCUGUGACCCAGAAGGUUGGGGUCAAGGCCGGUGAUGUCUGCGUGACCAUUAUUAAUCGCCUCAAUGGGGAUCAGGUCACCAUCACCAUGGACCAGAAGCACGAGUUCGAGAAACGUCCCUUCCUCGUCGUGGGCCGCUACAUAAAGAAACUUCUCCUGCACUAACCGGACCUUGGCGUAAUACUGUACCUCCAAGAAAUACGAACCUAUAGCAUUUCGAUCUUUAUUUUCAUUUAAGUAAAUACAAUUAAAUCUC